UGCCAGUGCAUCGUACUGCCGGAGAUCUUGCGGGUUAAGUUUCUGUAAAAUGGAUCUUUUGAACUAUCUUUUGAUUGGGUUUCAACUUUUUGUGGGCAUUUUGGGCCAAGCUUUCCCUUCAAAUAUAAAAAAAUGUCAUUACGGCGAUGGCAAGUGCCUGAUGGAAUCAGCCAAUGCUCUGUUGAAAAACUAUCCCAAGGGAAUUCCGGAGUUGAAUCUCAAACCUUUCGAUGUUUUGCCCGUCAAGGAUUGGCUGCUGGUAAAUGAUUCGCAGGUGGGUGGUGCCUGGUACAGCUUCGAGCUUCUCAACCAAAUCAACCUCGGCUUCGAGAAUACCACAAUAACCCAGAUUCGGGGCUUCGAUCGUGAUCCCACCUCCACCAAAAUUGAAAUCCAUGGAAAGAUACCCCGGCUGACCUACAAAGGAGAUUAUAAGGCCAAGGGCAGGAUGCUAUGGUUUGUGGAGAUCAAUUCAACAGGCACAUCCAGCUCCGACUUCCUCAACUUCGAGUUCGAUUUGACCCUGAAAGUCCGGACGGAAUACAGAAACAAUAAGCGAUAUAUUAGGAUAUAUGAAUUGGUGCCAAAUAUCCGGCUAGAACGCUGGAUUAUGUGGCUGGAUGACUUCUUUCCGGAUAACUUUGAUUUGACCAUUGCGAUCAAUAAUUUAUUCAAUCACAAUUGGGUAGAGUUCUGGAAUGAACUAGAGCCGGGAAUCCUGCGCUUAUUUGAAACCGUUUUCCGGAGCAUGAUUGACGAUUUAUUCCACAAUGUGCCCUAUGAUGACCUGUUCCUGCCCGAUGAGGAUUGAAAUAAUGAAUAACAAUGUAGUUAAGUUUAUAAAAAGACUUUUAAAAUAAUAUAAAUAUAGAAAUACCUAGAUAA